AUGGCCGACUUUCACAAAAAACAAAUUCAAAGACUUUUGGAUAAAAAUAAUCUCAAGCACAGAACAGACGACAAGCAACGCGAGACUUCCGGUGAGCUUGAUUUCACCGAGAAAAUCAAAGCGUUUCGCGCGCUCAUCAGCCCGUCAAAACACGAUAUCUCUAACCAGAAGCUAAAAAUAGCUCGGCGCUUUUCAGACGAUGUCCAGGAAGUGGGCAGUCAACUCAAAUUUGUGGCCAAAUCUCCCGCGCGCGAUCUCGAUUCAGACAAUAACUUGGACGAGUUACAAAUUACCCAUGAUGCCGAUAUUGACGAACUUAAAUUAAAAUUCAAAUCGAAUAUCGAUGGCUUUGGAAGAAAUCAAUCAGAAAGAUUUGAAAAGAGAGGCCAUGGUUUUCAUAGGAUGGAUGGAUAUUUUGAGAACAAGUAUGAAGCUGACGACCAAGAUUUUCUGUACAACGGCCAUCAUGAGGCGUCAGAACGUAUUCGGUCCAUUGAGCAUCAGCUCAUUAAAAAUGAAAAUCCAGAACCGACGUUUAAAACACGCUCCAUAAAAUCUGACACUACUGAAGACCGCGAGAAUAUGCCCAAACUUUUCUCUAAGCCGGUCUUCGACAAAACCAGAAAGGCCGUCAUCAGACGCCAUCACCAAUCCAAACCACCAGAAACACCUUCAGCACAUCAGCCUCAAACGGCCUUGACCUCGUCAAGGUUUGAUCCUGCCGUGCGCACUGAGUACUUCAACUCAACAGAAGCCAAUGAUUUGACGGAUAAAUCAUAUGCGAACUCUCCACCUAAAAUUACGGGUGCCAGCAGUUUUAAGAAAACUGAAAUAAACAAUCCUGAAAGAACUAGGCCCCGCUCAGUUGUGGAGAUCAGCAAGGAAGGGAGGCAAAAACUAAACUCUCUCAUCCGGCCGCAGUCGUCUCUCGCGUAUUCGGAAACUUCCGGUCACUACACCGGCGUACCCCACCCUACCUCUUCAUUAAAGACACACUUGAAUGCUUUAGGUGACAGCCUGUCCAGUUUGUCCAGCAAACUGCUUAGUGGUUCAGAUUCGGACCUGAGAAAUCUUGCAAGGUCUCCAAGUACAGUUAGUACGCCAAGGAAUCUUGCAGAGCUUCGUUCCAAUGAUUCUCUAAAUAGACCUGCAGAGGUUCCCUCCCAUGAUUCUGUAAGGAAUCUUGAAGAGAAACGUUCUUAUGACUCUCCAAGGAGUCAUACAGAUAUUCGCUAUAGUGACUCUCAUGCAGACAUUCGAUCCUAUGACUCUCCAAGAAAUCCUUUCGGGACACGUUCUAAUGCCUCUCCAAGUAUUCCUGCAGAUCUUCGCUCUUUAGACUCUCCGAGAAAUCACGCAGACAUUCGAUCCUAUGACUCUCCAAGAAAUCCUUUAGGGGCACAUUCCCAUGACGCUCCAAGGAACAGUGGACACCGGCAGCUUUCUUCCCCUGCUUUCAGUCUUUCAGAAAGCAGCGUACGGUCAAGAUCGACAACACCCAGUUCAUUAAAACAGACGAAUGUAAAAUCCUACGACCCAGAAUUCAACGAAUCCAACAAUACAUCUCAAGUAAUUAUGAACUCCCAAACGCCAUAUACUAGUCGUACAGAACCCGGUUAUUUCACGUCUGUUAACGAAAUCGACAAAAGAUCGAAACUGAAUCAUUUGACAAAAAAAGUUUUAGCUCACAGAGGUAGCACAAAAGCAUUGGAGUUUUUACAGGAUCGGGGACAUAUAGUUCCAGCAUCACAAGAAGAAGAUUCUGAAACUGAAAGCAUGGUUGACGAAAGAUACACAUCGUCAAGCAAGAGAGAUGGAGACACAUUCAUCACGAAACCGGAUCAGUUAGCAAACGAGAAACUGCAUGUUCGCCCACGUGGUAAAGUUAUAAGCAGGAACAACAAACGAACCACCCAUCAAUUUGAAGAAGGACGAGAUAGCUUUGAUAAAAAGUAUGUUUCAAAAACAAGACCCUGGCAAUCUGAUCAUCACAUGACAUUAGGUCCGCUAGAAAAACAUACCGAACACAACAUCAACAAACUGGAAUCACCUAAGCACAAGACAAAAGAUGUUGGGGAAAAAGUAAACAAUAAGCGUAUCUUUCGUGACACUAACUCGCCAUUGCCUUCCAAAAUGACAAUAGAAACUUUUAAAAACAAACUGUACCAUUUUGAUGAAUUAGAUUCAUCUCAUCGACCAACUAGUGCUUUAGACUUCACAAACCACGUGACGUUAGAAACCAAUCAGACGUCUCGACAGCGUCCACGAAGCGCGUUGGAUACAAACUCAAAGAAAGGAAACAAACUGACCUCAGUCUCUAAUCACAUGACUAUGUCAACCAAUGAGACGUGUUCUCGACAACGUCCACGAAGUGCAAUAGAUCCAAGCUCAAGGGAAAUGAACUCAUUGACCCCAGUGACUAAUCACGUGACGUUGGUAACCAAUCAGAAGAGCUCUCGACAACGUCCUCGAAGCGCUUUAGAUACAAACUCAAGGGUGAGAAACACAUCGACGCCUGUCACUAAUCACAUGACUAUAGUAACCAAUCAAACAAACUCUCGGCAACGCCCUCGAAGCGCUCUGGAGACAGAUUCCAGGGAAAGAAACAUACAGACCCCACCCAACGGGAGUAUACACGAUAGAAAUCAACUCCGUAGAGACCUUAGCUCUGUUGAUAGUUUGGCGCUGAAGGUAGAAAAACUUCACAGGGAAGUUUCUGAACGGCUGGGCAGUCAAGAAAACUUGGCGCAUGCUUUUCGAAGCUCUCCUGUUGGACGUAGUCACGUUCGUAACGACUCGCUCAGCGAUACUAGCACCCUUGUGAGCAGCAGCGAUGGUGAAGAUUCCCUUAUAAGCGAAAGUGGCAGAAACGGCUCUAAAAAAUUUGACUCUGCUGUGUUUUUGACCAGCACGCCUUUAAAGUUGCCAGAUAAAACUGGCAAGGCGUUGGUAUUUACUCAACACGGGCAUGCCAUCAAGAGACCAAAAAGACAAUUAACGGAGAAAGAUCAAAUUACAGACAAUGAAAAAGAUGCUGAUUCAAAGUCGUUAUUUUACGAAGAGAUAUUGAAUUCUAAAAGCCGGAACACGCCGGAUUUUUUAAAAUUAGUAGGUGACAGAACUCAUACGGCUAAAUACGACUUUGAAAAGAAGUCAACGUCAGAUUCGAUGGAGUCCUUAAUUGAAAGUUUUCACAGUGACCAAAAACUGAAUUUUGUAAAUCAUGCACAAUGGAGGCGCUUGAAAGAACAAUUCAAUGCAAGUCCAGGAAACAGAUCUAGCCCAGCGGAAAUGUUACUUGGACAUAUCAACCAGCCUGGCACAGUUAAGCUUCUACAGAUGCUUUAUCUGGCCGAUCCUGUUACUAGACAGAUCAUUAUGACCAAGGUUGAAGUAUUUAAGGCCUGGCAACAGUUUGCCAUUUAUUCUAGAGAGCAGAGGAAGAAGAAACAAGCUUUAACUAGGCAAGCCUUGUCCCUCUAUGUUAGUCGUUCCUUAUCAAAUUACUUUACAUCAUGGAAGCACAGAGCUAAGCACAGCAGGCAGGUGCGUCUAGCUGAUCAGCUGUUUCAUACUCACAUGCUGACCAAAGGCUUUAGGGCUCUACAGUGGUCACUCAGUCAAUCUAAGCAUCAGUACGAGAAACUGCAGACUAAAGUCAACACAGUUAUGGUGAAAGCUACUUUCUUUAAAUGGCUUACAAAAGCUAGGAAGCAAAGACGUGAAAGAAUUGAAAAUGCAUUGAAACGAUGGAGACUUUUUGUGAUGGACACACAAAAAAUUCGCCACAUGCGUCAAGUUGUAAACUCACACAUUAUUCUGUGUGUGAUCAGAUGGUGGAAUCAACUGUAUCACAAGAAAAGGAAACAGAAUUUGGCCGGUACUUUUUACAGGUCAAAGUUGUUGAAGUACUCUAUGAAACUCUGGAAGCAAUUUGUUGUAUGCUGCAAAGUAAAAGCCAGGAAGAAAGCAAUGGCAAUAUCACAUCACAACCAUGUGACUUUAUAUUCAACAUUUACUGUUAUGAAGGACUCCUUCUGCAAGGCAAGAAAAGCUAAUCAACAUUUUUGGCAUCAUUACAUGACGAAGAUAUUAAAGGCAUGGAAGGCUGCAUGUCAGGUUUGUCUAGUAGAGAGAGAGGCAGACAUGGCUAAGAGCAAAGAACACUGGGAUAAAAAGACUGUGCAGUCAGCGUUUUUUCAGUGGCAUGAGAUGCUUUUAAUUUGUAAAGCCAGAAGGAUAUACAACUUCAAGACCUACAGAAAAUCUUUCACGAUAUGGUUUUCGUCAUGGAAGGAAAACAUUGCAUACAGGCAGAAAAUGGAGCUCAUGAUACAACGUAAACAAAUGCACAGAGCUCUGUUGACAUGGAGACAAAAUGUUGUCCAGAUCAAGCGUCGACACAGAGCUGCCAUAUUGCUUUUAGAAAGCUGCCACCUUAAGCAGACCUGGAAAACUUGGCUUACAUUUACCAUCGCUAGAAAAAUUAUCAAGAAAAAGAUCCUAGAUCAUAUAUUAAUUUACAAGAGAAAGAAAAUGGUGUCCUGUUUCUCAUUGUGGAGAGACUCCUUCCUGAAAAAACAAGAAGAGGAAAAUGCCAAACGAGUUUGGUCUGAGGCUUGUGUCAGGAAACUUGCUUUCCGAUGGAGACAUAUUUGCCACAAAAGAAAGCUGAGCAAAAUUUAUAAAGAUACACAGCCUCUUAGAGAACACAGAAAGUGCCAGAUCAUAUUUCACCAAUGGCUGUGUUCACUGGAAAGGCUACAAAAAGAGAAUGAGGAGGCCAAAGCCAAAGAGAAGAUGCUGCAGCUCAGUCUGUUGCAGCGCAAGUUCCGCUUGUGGCAGACAGAGACUCAAAGGGUCCUCAGGAUAAAGCCUAUGGUGCUUCAGCGCCAGCAGCAGUUCUGUUUACUAGCAUUUUUAUCAUGGAGGAAGUUAGUUCAGCAAAAGACAUUAUGCAAACAGAGGAAACAAGUUCAGCAACUCUCAGUGUUACGUUCUUCAUUCUUAAGAUGGAAGCGUCAGCUCUAUAUCCACCAAGUAGAGAACAAAAUCAAGCAAAGAAUUUCCCAAGGCCUGCUUCUUGUUCUAAUAGACGGGUGGAAAUAUUUUAUUUUCCGUAAAAAGAAGGGACAAAAUUUCCGUGAUAAAAUGCUGGUGAAAAGAAUGUUUUACUUCUGGAAAGAAAAGGCAAACAGCCUGAGCAAUCAGAGGAUCAUGGAUGAAGAGGAGAGGGAGAACAACAUGGAGCUACAGAGAUGGUGUUUUAGUCAGUGGCUGGAAAAUGUGAGAACUCAGGUCCACAUGAAUGAACUGCAUGUUAGCCAGAUUUUCCAAGGCCACAAUGACAAGCAUCUUAAUAAAGCUUUUUGUACUUGGAGGAGACAAAUGCAAUCAACUCUUAUCGCUAGAGCCUACCACAAGAGCCUACAACAGAGGGUGCUUGUGACAUUGUUCUCAGCCUGGAGAGAGGUCACCUCACAAUCUAUGACAGAUGCUGUGCACAUUUUCUCUGAAAAGAUAGGGCUGCAGGAUGCUGUAGGUCAACACCAGGGUAACAGUGAAGAGCAUAUAAACAUUGGAAAUGAUCUGACUUCUCCAAUUAAUAGUACACAUUUGGCUGAUUCAGAAACUGAUAGAUAUGCUCUACUAAGUGGGGGACUUCAAGCCUCUAUGCAGCACAGGGUUUCUAAAUGCCAUAGGUUGAAGAGUCAUGUGACCCAAGUCAUCACCAGACUCAGACACUGGCCACUGUGUGUGGCCUUUGACCAGUGGAGGGAGUUCACUGAACGAGAGGUCCAGUUGAAAUCAGCCGCUGCCUCUGUGAGGUCACGGCACUCCAGCAUCCAGGUCCUGCUGGCGUUUAGAGAGUGGAAGCAGAGCUAUCUCUACAACACCAGGGCACAGAGCUUCAGGGAUGCCAUCAUCAAGAGGUCUGUGUUAGAAAUUCUUUACAGACAUCGAGAAGACAAGAAGUAUAAGAAGAAUCUGUCUAAAACAGCAAUGAAUCACUGCAUGAAAAUUACUUUCAACAAAUAUUUUCCAUUGUGGUUGGAAAAAGCUCAGGAUUUGAGGCAAAAGAAACAUAUUCUGCUGUUGUGGUCUACCCGCACAGCUGAAGAAAUGGAGUUGCUGCCCUUAGAAACACACCUAACCAAACAAUUACGACAGCGAUCUUUGAACUUGUACUUUUCCAUCUGGGCUUUAAAGUAUCGUGCAGCAACUAAAAUUAGACAAGUAUACCAUCAAAGCUUAUUAAAAUGGGUAUUUACAGCAUGGACGGACUGGGCAAAAGAAAAUCAUUGCAUGACACAAAAGUGCCAAAGCUUGUUACACACACGAAGAAGUAGAAUGGCAUUCAGUAAAUGGUGUGAACGUUUAAAACUUUUCCGUGAGGUUGAUAGACACCAUAAACAAGCCUGGCACAACUAUCUUCAUUUUAUUUUAUUGUCAUGGAGAACAUGGGCUAAAUCAAAUCAGCAGCUACAUUCUCUCAAACAUAAAUUCAUCAAACAGAACUGCAGUAAAAAUUUAAUCACCUUUUUCUACUUUUGGAAGUCUGUAACAGAAAAGUUGAGACAAGCCCAAAGGCAGUGGUCACAAAAACAUCAGCACAGGUAA